UAUCGGUGCUGCACCACUUCGUAGGAUUUUACAUUUUUCCAUAGGUUUUAGGCUAGGCCUACUGGGUAGACCUCUGCACUAGGCCCAGUCCUACAGCAGUCACCUGUCCUACUCCCACCAUUUCAUCUCAGGGGCACCACCAAAAAGACUAAAUGUAUUAAGUACUUGUCAGGCUCGUAUAAUCUGUUCUAAAAAUUUAUUUGGUUUCAGCCAUUUUGGCUAUAAAUAAGGCCAAAUUUCCAAAAUGGCGCGUUUGAUUGACCCUACACAUAUGGCCGACUGGUUGAGCACGCUUUACAUUAUUCCUAAAUAUGUCGUAACUUCCGGUAUCAAGUCUUCCUUUGUCUGUACCUCCAGGUUUCGGGCUGCCUCCUGGUUAUUUAUUUAUUUUCCUGUCUUUCUGUGGAUAUAUUUUUGUUAUAUAUCCUGCAUUUUCUUCGGUUAUUGAAUGACAGUCGGCUCUGACACAUAUAUGCCUAAAAGCAAAACGCCAAAAAUGGAUGACCUGGACUACAUCCCAGCAGACCUUAGCCCGGAGGAGCGCUCGGAGCUGGAGGAGAUCCGCCGCAGGAAGGGGGUGCUGCUGCAGGAGAUCCAGCGGCUCCGCGAGGAGCUGAGGGAGGCCAUCAUCGAGGUGGAGGGCCUGGAGGCCAGCACCGAGGGCAGCAAAACACUACAGAAGAGUCGGCACGUAGCCAUGGGCCGCAAGAAAUUCAACAUGGACCCUAAGAAAGGCAUUGUGUUUCUUGUGGAAAAUGAGUUAUUAAGACACACACCAGAAGACAUUGCUCAGUUCCUAUACAAAGGUGAAGGCUUAAACAAAACGGCUAUUGGAGACUAUCUGGGUGAAAGGGAUGACUUCAACAUCAAAGUGCUUCAGGCGUUCGUUGACCUGCACGAGUUCACUGACCUAAACCUGGUCCAGGCUCUCAGGCAGUUCCUGUGGAGCUUCCGGUUGCCAGGUGAGGCGCAGAAGAUUGACCGGAUGAUGGAGGCCUUCGCUCAGAGAUACUGCCACUGCAACCCUGGCGUGUUUCAAAGCACAGACACCUGCUACGUGCUGUCGUUUUCCAUCAUCAUGCUGAACACCAGCCUGCACAACCCCAACGUGCGGGACAAGCCCGGCGUGGAGCGCUUCAUCACCAUGAACAGAGGCAUCAACGACGGGGGAGACCUGCCUGAGGAUCUGCUCAGGAACCUGUACGAGAGCAUCAAGAAUGAGCCCUUCAAGAUCCCCGAGGACGACGGCAACGACCUCACGCACACCUUCUUCAACCCCGACAGAGAGGGCUGGCUCCUCAAACUGGGUGGACGCGUGAAGACCUGGAAGAGGCGGUGGUUUAUCCUCACUGAUAACUGCCUCUACUACUUUGAGUACACAACGGACAAGGAGCCCAGAGGUAUCAUUCCCCUGGAGAACCUGAGUAUUCGGGAGGUGGAGGACCCCAGGAAACCUAACUGCUUUGAGCUGUACAUCCCCAACAACCGCGGUCAGCUGAUCAAGGCGUGCAAGACGGAGGCGGACGGACGCGUGGUGGAGGGCAACCACAUGGUGUACCGCAUCUCCGCCCCUACGCCGGAGGAGAAGGACGAGUGGAUCCACGCCAUCAACUCGGCUGUGAGUGUGGACCCUUUCUAUGAGAUGCUGGCUGCCAGGAAGAAACGCAUCUCGUUAAAGAAGAAAGAAGAGCAGCCUUAGACCUCCCUCCCCUCUUUACCCCUCGUCCUCUUUCCAGUCAUCCCCCCAUCCCAUCCCAUCCCAUCCCAUCCCAUCGCAUUCCCAUUCCAGAACAUUCUUUUAAAAGACUCCAUUCCAUCCUCCGCCUCUGCUCCAUAUCGCCCUUGGCAACCAGCGUCUUCCUGUUGGCCAAACAGGGAGAGGCUAGAAGAGGUUGCACGCCUUUUGGACUGGACACACAAGCAGGUCACGGCGGGGUCAGUCCCCUAGCACACAAGCCCCCCACCCCAACUUCCUGAUGGUCUCUCCCCCCUCCUCUCUCUCUAGGAAUGGACCCAUGCAUCUAUUUAUCCUCCGCUGCUGUUUGAGAGGACUAUCUUCUCCUCUACCACACUCCCCAACUCACACUCGCACUCUCUUCUCGUCAUUUUCCAAUACCACACUGCUGCUUGGGCCACAGCCACCCCCUCCAACUGCAUUCCCAUUUGUACCAGUAGUGCGAUGAAAACACUGCAGUCUGACACAGCCUAUUUCCCCUCAUAACACUAAACUUACCCAGCAAAGGUGUCCAUCCCGGGGUCAGAAAAUAAAGACGCCCCUCCCUCCAUGUUUGCCCUCUCAGCACAGGUUGACUCAGCCAAGUAAGCUCAUCCACCUAUGUCGAGUGUCUAUCAUUCAGAGCUGGGGUGCAUUUCUCAAUAAUGCCGUUUCUACUUGCCCUAGCAACUUAGUUGGUUGCCAUGCAAUUUCCCAUUGGCAACUUACUACUGUAAGUCGCUAACUAGUUAGCAACUAAUGCUUUCGAGAAACGGGGUCCUGUUUGAUCAAAUUAGUGUACAAGGGUUGCUAACUUUCUAAACCUGCGAUCGACACCUUUUGCUACUAUAUCCACCCACCCAGUCAUACUGUAUAUGCUAUUGCCUCACCUAUACACCCCCCCCCAUAAGCUACUCUCACCCCCCACCCCCCCUCUCCUGUCACCACUGGGGCACAGCACAGCUCCUCUUCACCAACCCCCCUAGCCUAGCUUCCUCUCCUGACGACAUAGUACUGUCUUAUCUACCGCACAGGGUUAGCAGUUUACACUACGUACCACACUUAUACACUUACUGUACACUACACUCAACAGUACACUACGGCCGUCUCCUGUUAAUCUACACUGCUGUAACGUUUUCGUUGCUCGUCUCUUAAGCUUAACUGUGUCCUUAACUUAACUUCCUGGCAUUCUUGUCGAUGCUCUGUUUUAGCUUUACAAGUUGUGGUGGAGAGAACCAGGAGACAGCAGAGGGAAGGUUCCUGACUUUCUCAGUCCUGGACUGGAGGCUUUUUGGGGGAAGAGGGUGAAGUUAUGUGGUGGAUGUGCGUUUCGGCAGGGCCAUGAGCAGGGUAAGGCAGGGCGGUAGGUUGACAUACUUCCGCUGUGCAGCAUGAGUUUAAUUUGGGAGGUUUCUACAAAUAAGUCUGUUGGGGGGGUUUUCGGGGAUGCUAUCUCGGUCCGGCUUGGAGCGGAGAGGGAGGGCUGUUUGCAUUGUGGCUGGGAAUAGCGUUUGAGGGGGAGGGAAUGUCGAAUGGGAAUGGGAAUGGGAAUGUGCGGGCUGCCAAAAACACCUCUCUGGCCCUGCGAAGGAUCAAACGGCAUUCCAGUGACCUCACUUCCUGUUUGAAAUAACAGGAAAUCAGCAAGUGGAGGGCCAGCGAUAGCGAUACGAUGACAACUCUUUGAAUAGACAUUUUUCCAAGAGUACAGCAGGCAACGAAAACAAAAGGAGGCACCCAGGCCAGUGCCGCCGCCACCACCACCCUCCCCUUCCCCCUCCUACCCACUUCCAACCCUCCCCUCCACAAGCCCCUGUCUCCCUUCCCUCCCCUCCUAUUCGCCCAAACCAGCCUGAAAACAGAACACAAACACAGUGGAAUGCAGACCACUAGCCUGUUUAGUCACGGUCCGGUUAUAGGAAGUCCAGAGCCUGGAAAUCGAUUAACUCUCCUCCUUCUCCUACAGUCUGCAGGGUUUUUUUUACCCUCAGAACGUCAAAACGCAGCAAACCUAACCCAAAGUAACUUUGACCAGUACUAUGUUCCUGCUGGCUGUUUUCCUUGAUUGUAUCUUAACUGGGCCUAACUACGAGGCAGAUUUGUCUGUCCGAGCUUUGCUUCUUGUCUGUCCUGCCUCCUGGUUCUCCCGCUAGACCUCCUCAAGGUUUUAAGUUUAACCCUUAAUUGCCCGUCCAGACAAUACAAAUACAUACAGCGGGCUGGAAGACGUAUCAGUGGCAGCUUUUGAUAUUUUUUAUUUUUUUGUCGAUCUUUUAUUUUGUUGUAUGUAUAUAUACACCUUUUUAGAUAUGUUUUAUUUUACAUCAUAGAGAAGUUUAAUUUAUUUGUUUUAUCGGUUGUUUUUUAUAUUUAUAUAUAAAACGAGCUAGGGAUGCAUGUUGAAGUAAACAAAAAAAAAUCAAAGCAUCUUCCAUUGGGAUGAGUUUUGUAUGUUAGUAUAAUGGGUAUGUUAGAUAAAAGCAUUAGUGAUCCGUGUUCCAAGUCCCUCACAGGAAAUGACACUAAUUGGCCCUUUGAGGUUUCAAGCUCAUUAGUAAGUUUAUUUACAAGUGAUGAUUUAACUGAAGAAAACAAUGUCAUCAGAAGUCCUUAUUGAUUUUAUUACUAACGCUAACCUAGAGAAGAGCUCUUAAACUGUUUUAAACACGGAACACUAAUGGCUGUCUUUGAUCUUUAAAAAAAAAAAAAACUAUUGAUAAUAAUAACCAGUAUCCUGAAAUGAUGACAUAACAGUAACCCUGCCUACGCAAGAAGGACCCUUACAUACGGUUUCUGCUUGACAAAAGAAAAAAAAUGUUUCCGCUGAACUCUGACUAUCUGCAUUUAGUGUGAUGUUACUUGGACCUCAGUUUUAGAUGGAUUGGGAAUUUUAAAGAGUUAUGUUUACUGCACUUUAUAAGUUGUUACGUUGUGUUAUGUAGAGAAUUUAGCUUGUUUUAGUGCAAAGAUGUUGACACAUGCUGUCUCUGUGAGAGGAGAGCGAGUUGUGCCUCUUGCUCCCUCUGCUGGGCUCUUGGAGGCACUGCUGGUCUUUACUGGUAUCUGCUCUGUCCUGUCACAGCUCUGCCAGUGCUGGGGGUAUUCCAGAUGUGUAGUUGCCCAAGAACAUGGUUAAGAAAUCAAAGUCUCCAAGCUCUUUUAUUAUCUGAUUUACCACAACAUUCGGGUGAACUUAAUCUGCUAUUUUGGGGCGCUUUCCUGCGUCUGUUCAUUCCGAACAAGUGGUAAAUCUCAUAAUAGAGGAGUUAAUGCCUUUGUUUUUCGGAGACAACAGUGCCAUUAGGCUCUUAUAUGAGCAGAUGUACAAUACCACUUCCAGUAGUUUUAACCAAGUGUUAAUUGCUACAUCACCAUUGGAAUACCUCCCAGAACCAAGACAUCUACUAAGAAAACAAUGUGGGUCUGAAACGUAACGAUUGCACUCAGUCUAUAAGCUGUUGAGUGAUUAUUCAACUAAUUUUCUUAGGAUGCAUUUGGAUUAAUUUUUUUUACUAUUAUCUUGUUUUUGGGACUACGGGCUGACGAUGUAAAGCAUCAGGUCAUGCCCUGAGUGUUUAUCAAGGUACAUUGUGAAGGCUUGUUUGAAACUAUCUGACUGCCUAGUGGCGGGCUGAAAGCAAUGCGCAUGGUGGACUUGAAUUAGUGGCAUAUGUGGAUCAAACGUCGCCUUACCCAGAUGUUGGCUGUCUGACACACAUCCAACAUUAGCGGUAAAGGGUAAACUUUAAGUGCUAACUGCAGUACUUCAAGCCAGCCUCCAGCCAGCCAGACUGUUUCAAAUGCGGCCCAUAGACUCUGAGCAUUAGUCAUCAGCGAGGUACAAUACAAUGUGUGAUGAUGGUGAUGAUGACCGCAACAGUUGAUCUUAAACCUACCUGGGUAUUCUUGAUGUGCAAAGUUGCCAAACUGACAAAAAACCUUUCCUGAGCUGGCCAGCAGUGCCAUAGAAAUAAUGUGAACGAAAAGAAAAGAGAAAGAAAUGCAUAAUGAUUGUCCUCCUUCCCCCCAUGAUCCCCCUGGUCAGACCUCUUCUUUUGACGGUCUUCUAUUUUGUUCGAUUUGUUUCUCUAGAAAGGUAAAUGGUAGGUAAUCGAUGCUUAAAAAAAACAAUGUAGCAGAGUCUAGGUACACUGGUGCCAGUAAGUUAUUACAAAACAAUAAAACGUGAAGAGAAACUC